UACCCACACAAAUCUCAUAGUUUGCUAAAAUAUAAUAAUUUAAGUGAGAGAUAGUAUAGUACCCAGAUGUGGAAGCUGAAGAUAGGAGAUGGUGGAAAAGAUCCAAACAUAUUCAGCACAAAUAAUUUUGUAGGGAGACAGACAUGGGAGUUUGAUCCUGAUGCUGGUACUUGUGAGGAGAAAGCUCAAGUUGAAGCUGCUCGCCAACAUUUCUAUGAUAACCGUUUCAAGGUUAAGGCAUGCAGUGAUCUUCUUUGGCGCUUUCAGAUUCUAAAAGAAAAAAAAUUCAAACAGACAAUAUCUAGUGUGAAGAUAGAAGAUGAAGAGGAUAUAACAGAUGAAAAAGUGGUAAUCACUUUGAAAAGGGCUGUACAUCACCUAUCAGCAUUGCAAGUAUGUGAUGGCCAUUGGCCAGCUCAUUUUGCGGGUCCUCUAUUUCUUACUCCUGCCUUGGUUAGUGCUUGUUAAUUAACCAAUAUCAGAAGAUAAUAAUGUGUAGAUAGAGGAAGAGAUAAUAAGGAUGAACCACCAAACUGUCGCAAAAGCAACACCAAAUUAAAAUUGGGUUUAAUAGUGAUGAAGCAAAUAAAGCCAAAUAAUUUAGUAGAGUCCAAAUUAAAAUUGAGAUAAUAAUGUGCAUUUAAAGCUGCUCCUAUACAAACAAAGCCAAAAAUUUUAGUAGAGGCCAAAUUACGAAGCAAAUAAAGCAGAGA